ACUUAUAAGAGAGCAUAUUUCAAAAGGUCACACCAGUCAGCGUGCUAUUCGCGAGACUUUAUACGACGUGAAACUUUAGCGAAAUGAAGACUGUAAUAGUUUUGCUGUUUGUCGUUGCAUGCUUGGCGCAAGGAAUUAAUGGAAAAGCUUGCUGUAGCGAUGGUUGGAUAGCCUAUAAAGACCAUUGUUACCAUAUUGGUUAUGGAAAUCGUUUUACGUUUUCUGCUGCACGGGUGUAUUGUCAAAGUCUGGGUGCUUACCUUGUCCGGCUUGACACGCUAGAUGAAAAUACUUUCCUCAAAGGAUUUCUUAAGAAAACUAAUGCUGGAAAUACGUGGAUGGGAUUGACUGACAAGAUUCAUGAGGGAAUCUGGAGAUGGUCUGACACAAACAGGCAUGCAACGUUUUCGGACUGGGGACCAGGAGAACCCAAUAAUUUUGGUAAUCGCAACGAAGACUGUGUGCUUUUCUAUGUUGGUAAAGACUAUAAGUGGAAUGACGGUCUUUGUCAUGACGAACUUACGCCUUUGUGCGAAAAAGACUAAAAUACAUUUCUCAGCGUUCAUAAAAAUGUGCUAUGUUGAAUGUGACGAAAUAUAUUACCAUGUUUGUUAUGUUUAUUGCAAAAUAGUGUAUUAAAAUAGAGAAAAUAGGAAAAA